AUGGCGUAUAGCUGUGACACUAUCGCCGAGCCUGUCGCCCCGCGAGACCUUAAGACUGAAGCCAUUGACAACAUGAGACCUCAGGGCCAACAGAUCUCCGAUCGUCUCACUGUUGAAGUUGACUGCCACUCCCUGGGCCCCAACGACUGCCCCUCUAUGACAUCUAGCUUCUCUCCCUUGGAAUCUCCCACUCCCACUCCCACCAGUCUCUAUAGCCAGAACUCAAUGGCUUCUCCCAGCUGGCACGAGGCCGGUCACUACCACAGUCUACCUAUGGAAAGGAGGACAUCUGCUACGCCACUGCGCAACGCAUUCAGAAUGACGGAUUUGGCGUCGGGUGAGGCAAUGGGCCUGCCCUGUGGCAAUAUAGAGCGUCAAGACCAGAUGGCCAUUCCGGAUUACCUGCCGGGAUACGAUGAAAAUGUCGAGCAAUUCUGGAUCCCUCAGGACACCAUUCCCAAGACCUAUGAGCAACCCACCUUCCCUUAUCAAGCGCCGAUGCAGCAAUACAACACCAUGGGCCGCAACCACUACUACCGCGCGCAGCCGGCACCCUAUCUGCCAGAAUCUGCAUCCAAUCCCUGCCUGUCACGGCCCAUCUUCAACCAGCCCGAGCGUCUCUCAAACUCCGUCUCCAUGACGAACAUGCUGCACUGGAUGCCAUCUACCGAGUCUCUCACUCAAACCAUCGCUCCAUCGCAAGCAUUCCCUGCAGGCCCACAAACGCCGCCAUCCUCUUCCUACUCUGAAUUCCCUACUCACAUCCAGAACUUCAAAGCCCAUACCCCAUCCACCCCUGUCCGCUCUGUCUCUUUGGGUACCCCGUCCGGGGCCGACACUCCUGGUAGUCGGGUCUCUGGUCACAAUGAGUAUCACGAUGAGUUUCCCGUGUCUCCGGUGUACCGUGAUGGCAUGAUGCGUGCGCAUCGUCAAGUCUCUCGCAAAUCUUCUAAGAAGCAACUGGUGCGUUCGGCGUUGAACCUGGACAACCUUCCCCCGGUUAUCAAGCAGGUUCAAUUCAAGUGCAAGGAGCCUGGCUGCAAGGGACGCUUUAAGCGCCAGGAACACCUGAAGCGACACAUGAAGAGCCAUUCCAAGGAAAAGCCCCAUGUGUGUUGGGUCCCCGGCUGCCAUCGUGCCUUUUCCCGCAGUGACAACCUGAAUGCGCACUAUACCAAGACGCACAGCAAGCGAGGUGGGCGAAACCGCUACGUCGCUACCCUCGACGAGAGCAGCCCUGAUUAUGACCCCGACUUCCGCGGACAGCUGACCGCCGAUGGCCGUCCUAUUAUCGGAUCGAAGCUGGAGGACCCGAUUGACUGUGGUGACUUCAGCGUCGAUGGGUGGGACGACUAA